CGCAUAACGGGACACGGUAAUAUGCGCCUGGUCGCGUUCUGCGUGCCGUCCGCGUGAGGAGAAAGACAGGAGUGAUGCGAGCAGAACGGAAACGGCAAAAUAGAUGAUGUAAAAAAAAAAAUCGAUAGUGGGAGGUCGUUGUGUUUAUUUUUAAAUGCGCUUAUCGUCUCAGCCUAAUGUUUCAUCUUCGGGAGAGGUGAUGUUUUGCUCGUAAGCGCCGGACCGCCACUACACAAUAGAGCAUCCCCGCGUCCGUGUCCCUCUCACUGGCGCCGUGUGUAACUGCGGAUUAAAGAGCAGCGGGCGGAGGAGGGGAAGCAAAACAGCACAACAAGGAGACGCUUAUCGCUAGUGGGGGCACAUAGCGAGGGGCAAGCAGUGGAAGACGCGGGGGGUAAGGUCGCAGUUGUCGCUCGAAUGGUCGUGCCGUGGACCCCGCGACUAUGCGACGACAGUGCUGGGUGAUAGUGUUGGCGGGGAUGAUGUCGUACUUCAACCCGGAGAGAGCGCUGGGAGCCCCGCAGCGAGAAGUCUCUCCAUCCAGGACCUCCACUCUCUCUCCUCCACCCUACGUCGUCAUUCUCAUCUCGUGUUCAGGACUUGUUUCCUUUGUUCUUCUUCUGCUCGCCUGUCUUUGCUGCAAAAGAGGGGGAGUCGGAUUCAACGAGUUUGACAAUGCUGAUGGGGAAGAAUGUUCGGUGGCUUCUAGUCCACCCCCAGAAGACAGUCUGUCCUCUUGCCCCUCUCUUCCUGAGGUCUACACAUUACCCCUUCGAGACCGGGCUUUAUUCCCAGACUCUGAUUCUCAGUGCUUCCGAAGGCACACUCUCAACUAUCUUCAGGAGAUUGGAAAUGGGUGGUUUGGAAAGGUUAUCCUGGCAGAGGUCUUAUGUGACUCCAACUCCUCCCAAGCUGUUGUGAAGGAGCUGCGGGUUAGCGCCAGCCCACUGGAGCAGAGGAAGUUCUUGGCUGAAUCGGAGCCAUACAGAAGCCUACAACAUCCCAACAUCCUCCAGUGUUUAGGCCAGUGUAGUGAGACCAUACCAUUCCUGCUGGUCAUGGAGUUUUGUCAGCUGGGUGAUCUAAAGAGGUAUUUAAGAGCUCAGAGGAAAUCAGAUGGCAUGACCCCUGACCUUUUAACCAGGGACCUUCUGACUUUGCAACGUAUGGCACUGGAAAUCACUUCUGGGCUGUUGCACCUUCAUGAAAAUAAUUACAUUCACAGUGAUUUGGCUCUGAGGAACUGUCUUCUCACAUCAGAUCUGACUGUCAGAAUAGGGGACUAUGGUUUGUCUCACAACCACUACAAGGAGGAUUAUUACCUUACACCAGACAAGUUAUGGAUCCCUUUGCGCUGGAUUGCUCCUGAGCUGUUAGAAGAAUAUCAUGGAGGGCUAAUUGUCACUGAUCAGACUAAAACCAGCAAUGUGUGGUCGCUCGGCGUGGUCAUAUGGGAGCUGUUUGAAUUUGGUUCACAGCCUCACAGACACCUGAGUGAUGAAGAAGUGUUGACAUUUGUGAUUCGAGAAAGGCAGAUAACCUUGGCUCAGCCCAGACUGAAACUCACUCAUGCAGACUAUUGGUAUGAGGUCAUGCAGUCUUGCUGGCUCCCCCCAUCUCAGCGCCCUUCUGUGGCAGACAUAUUCCUUCUCCUCUCAUCUUUGCUUGCAGCAGAAAGAGGAAUGAGUCGGAGGAGUGUGGGAGGAGAAGAUGAAGAUGAGGAAGAGGAUGAAGAAGCUAGGGGGAGAUCAAGAAGGGGUGAGAGUGAAGAGUCCUUUGAGAGGAGAUGGGACUCUCUUCGUCCUCCAGCAUUCCAAGCAGUAGUGAAUGAGCGACACAGAGAGAGAGAGAGGGAGGAGGAAAGUUUCAGAGGUGCAAAUGGCAACUCAUUUCCUCUUUUAGACCCGGUUGGAAAUACAAUCACACCUUCGUCAUCUGAACUUGAUGACAUACUAACAGUGACAGAAACCAGCAAAGGUUUAAACUUUGAAUAUUUCUGGGAGAAAGCCCAUGGAAGACGAGGUUAUAAACCCCUUCCUCCACCACAGCCUAUCCCAACAGUUAACACUGCUCAUAGACAUUCCUUGGAUACACCUACUGUUGUCCCAGUUAUUAGCGCUCGCAGCCCUUCCUUAGCUAGUGAAUACUAUAUUCGCUUGGAAGAACAUACUCCACAGGAUAAAUCACCCACUCUUAAAGGAAAGGCACACUCUUUUUCUGGAUCAAAAGGUCACCAUGUUGUGAGAGCAGAUUCAGUGUGCCCUGGGGAUCUGGAACUUGUGGAAAUUCGAAGUAGUGCCAAAAGAAAGGAAAAGGAUGAAUACAGCCCACAGGAUGACUUUGAAAAAGGAGACAAGUUGACUGUGACAUCUAGUGAAGUAAACAUUCUGCUACCUAACACUGGAUUGGUGGAACACAGUAAAGAGACUUGCCACAGGGUUACAGACUUUACUGUGGUGGAUGUUGGGGAAAGAGGGGAAGAAACAGAGGCAGAUCGAAAAGACAUAAUCUCCAGAUCAUCUCUGACCAUCUCACCUCCAACUGUCCAACUCCCUAAGCAACGUUCGGUAUCGAUGUCAUCCGCAAAUCACCUUCACACCCGCCCGCUCCCAGCCCCACCUCUUGGAUAUCACAGAGCUGUUGGAUCAGCCCACUUUUCCAGCUCGUCCUUUCCUACUGGCAAGGGAGAAUAUGUUGACCCAGAAUUGAUGGGAAACUGCACUGUUUCAAAGGGUCAUUUUGACCAUUUAGGAUUUCAUCGCCUCCACCAGACUCUACCGCCUUCACCCUCCCUUUCUCCCUCUAUUCCCACUUCCUCUGGUAGCCAUCCUCUAUGCCUACCACCGCGUUCUCAGCCACCCCCUCUCCCUAUGCAUUACAAAAUUCCCAGAGGUCAUAGACACAGUGUUUCUGGAGAUGCUUAUUCUAGUCGUAUAAACAAAUCCACAAGUGAUGCGCGAAGAGACCCAUUAUCGUGUGAUUAUAACGACAGUAAACCUUUCAUGAGUAUGAGACGUUCACAGUCUUUGAUUAAUUCUAAGAAUAUAAAAGAUUCACACUCAGUUGAUACAGUGUCUCCUCAUCAAGACUCAUUUUAUCCAAGAAUCACACGCUCUCAGUCCAUGAUUCCCAAAAUUGAAAGAGAAUGUUGCUCUAGCCCAACAUACUCCGAUGAGGAUGAUUCACCAUUUUCAUCACCAAAUAAAAUGCGCUGUGGUACUGCUGUUCAUCGUAUAAGCCUGCCAGCUGAUAUAGACCCUGCAGCUGCAGAACUUUUUUCCAGAGGAAUGAAGAGAACCCAAUCCCGCCUUGCCACCAUUCUUCCAGCCAUUUGGCAAGAAGAUGCUGAGUUACUGAAGGAUGGAUCAUCAACCACCAGAAAAUCCCCUAUGCACUUGUUUCUAACAGAGAUUUCUAAUGUUACCGAAUCUACAACAACAAAAUUUGAAGAAACUUCAUGGGACUUGGAAAAUGGUCUGAAAAGUGCAGCCCAAACAGAGAGUAACACAACAGAGGACUUUCUUCUUCCCCCAAGAGGGAUACGUCGCUCUCAGUCUUUGGUAACAGAGUUGGGUUCUGCAGGACAAGCAAAGGGUCCUGAAGAGAAACAAACAGUAAUAGGUUAUGUUGUCAGAAAGGGAUCUUUUCAGAGAGAGCUGUUUCUUACUGAAAUUGACACAGGAAAGAUAGAAGAACCCAGUAUAGAUGUAGAAGAAGACUCUUGCCAGGUCAUGCAAUCUCACUGGGCUUCAAAAUCACAUCCUGUGCCAAGUCCGAAUAACCUUCCUAACUAUCCAGAAGGAAAGGAAGCCUAUUUCAGAGGAAUGAAACGGUCUCGGUCUUUGGUCUCUGAAAUAACUUCAGAAAGACUAGACAUGCAGCCCCAAAACAAAGAGUUGAACAGAGAGACUUUCCCAAAAGAUAUUCAAUCAGCAGAAACCUUUCUUACAGAGAUCAUGACAAAAAAAAGUGGAUCUGCCUGUGUGUCCCUUGAAAAAGACUUAUCUCCUGGGGUGCUUACGCCAACUUCACCUGAAUAUGAAACAAUAUGUAUAGUUCCUGGUUCUUCACAAACAAUUACAUAUAAAGUGGAAAUGUCAAAAAAUACUGCAGACCAAGGACUUGAAAACAAUACUGAAGCCAUUUAUGCUCAAGUAACAAAGCCUUCAAAAAGAUCUGAGAUUAAAGUUACUGUACGCCCUGAAAUCCCAGUAUUGCAGAUAGGAUCGGACAAAGUGCAAGUGGAAACCCCCAACACAGAACCAUCCAGUUCUACUCCUAAAAAAGCUCCUGAGAAUUUUCUUUCUGGAGAUUUGCAAGUUAGUAGCACAUCUAAUAUAGAGUCCCAUAAUAAAACUCAACCUCAGACUAAUCUUGAAAUUCACCCGCAAUCUAGUUUACAGUCUCAUCCAGAUGAUUUUGUAUUCUCAGAAAUAAUGCCAAAGAAUGGGCUUCUUCUUGAACAUAUGAGUCCUGGCGUUAAAGAUUUUUUGUCACAUAGUGAAACCACUCCUGUGGAGUCAGAUGAAAGAGAAACAGCGACCAUUCUGGAGUUCAGUCCAAGUCAGCAAACAGAGGUGGUGUCUGUAAACAGUCCAAUUUUUUCUUCCUCUGCAAGCGGAGAAUUGAAAUCUCAACAGAUAUCAGAGCUAUCAGUCCAGUCCUUGUCUCAAGGUGUUAGUGAAAAAUUAGCACACUCAAAGACCAUGACAAAUGACGCGGAUUCCCAUCCAUAUCCCUUCACAGUAGCAACGGAUAAUGCUGAUAAAGUGAAUUUAGGACAGAGGUGCAGUGAAGUAAUAGUAGAAGACACUGAAGGUUCUGUCAGUAAACCACACGAAAAAAAUCUGAACAUUUCACCAUUACAUAACUUAAGCACAGAUAUAAUGAAAAUUGGUCAGAUUGAUUACAAAGAGACAGCAUCUGAAAGUUCCCCACCUCAUGUGGACAUCUCUAAAAUUAGCUUGAAAUCAAAAGUUCCUGACAUUCUGAAUGAAGCAAGGUUUCUCUCACAAGACUCAAAUUCACCAGAUAUGAAUACAUCCAUUGCAGGUGACGUUUUAGAACGGGAUAUGUGCUUGGAGGAAAAAAGAGAAGUUUCUAUAGCUGAUUCAAAGAGGGCAAAAUCUGAAACAUUCUCUUCAAUUAAUGCAGUGUUUUUACUGUCACAGAAAGAUUCAGAGAAUACCUCAGACAUUGUACAGAAUGACAGUUGUUCUGAAACAGAAUUUGAGAUCACCAAAGUAGAAGACUGUCUUUCUUUGUCACACAUGGGAACCAUAGGCACAGCCCUGCCUCCACUACCUUUAGUUUGGGAUCCAGUUUCUGACCUGUCACUCUCUGUAAACACCCCGACAGAUUCUGGUAUAUCGCCUUUGACAUCAAGCUCUUUGGAUUGCUUAACACCUGGGGACUCCUGGGGAGGUGGAGGAGGGAGUAGCUGGAGAGCACUGGGGACUGACACUCCUUACCGAGAUUCUGCCUAUUUCUCUGACAGUGACUGGGAAGGGGAAGGUAUGGUGAGGAGAGGUGGAGAUGGCAUAAUUAUGCCUCGACCUAGUAGCAGCAGAAAUGGAGACAAGGGGUUGCUAAUGGAUAUAGAAGAGAAGGCAGAGACAGAAGAGGAAGCUCAAACACAAGGAGAGACCCAGAGUAAAUAUAAGAAGGAUGCAGAUAGAACAUUUAGCUCAAAUGACAAAAUAGCAUUACAAAUUGAAAAAGAGAAGAAAAAUCUAAGCAGCUGCACUGGGAAUCAAGAUAUUUGUAAUGAAAAUACUAAAAAGGAAGAAGACUUCUGUGCUGGUAAUGAUGAGUACAGUGUGAAAGAACUGACCUAUCUAAAAGGAUUUGUUAAUUUUGAAGAAGAGACCAAGAAGAAAGAAUUAAUCAGUGAGAUAAAUGAUACCAUUGACAUGGCUGAGAGUGCAGAUUUGAAGUUACUUAGCCAAGCACUGCCAUCUGCAAGACCUCUAAGUGAGGACAAUGCUGAAUAUAUUGCUAAGUUAUUCUCAACAUUAGGUAAUGAAUUACUAAAAACAUUCCCAAAUAUUGAUGAAACUCAUUCCACUUUACAACAACGGACUGGGGAAAUAAGGCCUCAGCAUCCAGUAAAUAAAGAUUUUGGAUCACUGUCCAGUACUUUUGCUGAAAGUGAGAGUCUGGAAGAAACCACAGAUGCUGAAAUGCAUUCCAAGGCGAAAGAAAGACAAUUAAAAUCAAAAGAGCUGUUAGAUAGUGAUUCACAUUUGAAAUUUGCUGAAAAAAAUAACAAAGAUUCAGUAACGGAAGAAGAUCAUGUUGGAAAUACAGAUGGAGAGAAAGGGUUGCUGUCAUGUAGUGAUCCUGAGAACAGACAAUCUAGACUAUGCAGAUUCUAUAAUAUUUCUACUACUGACACUGGAGCCAAGGAUACUGUGCUGGAACCUAGCUAUACAGUGGAUGAAAAUGAAACCAAGAUCCAUUUUACCCAUUCUUACUGGGAAGAGGGAAGUACUGAAAUGGCUGCAAGACUAAAGAGUCAUGAAUUAGAAAUUCAGCACACUGAUGCCAAUGAGUUGGGCCUAAGAAAUCUUUGCUACUCAGAGGAUAGUGAUGAUGAAAGAACUAAAACAAAAUCAGACACUGAGGUUCAGUUGGCUGCUGGGGAACUAUUCUACACAACUAAGGAAAACCUAAGAAGUGACAGGCAUAGUGAAGAAGAAGAGAAAAAUUCACAAAAUGAACUCCCAGAAAACAACUACUUCCAUAAAAAUGGAGAUAGGGAGACAAAAGAGUUGAACCUGAAUGGGAAAAGGGAACUAUGGGAUGUCAGUGAGGAUGAUGAAGAGAGUAGAGGAGGAGCUGUAAGAGGGGAAUUAGAUUGCUUUCGAUUCCAGCAAGAAAACUUGCAUUUAUGGCCUACAGAAAAUGACCAGUGGGCUUCAGCAGAAGCAAAAAAUUCAGAGUCUGAAUUAGUAACAGAGCUUUUUUCAGGGGUUAACAGAGAUGUUUGGGUUCAGAGAGACCGGGAUGUCAUGGUACCUGAAUUCUGGGGAGCAGAAGAGAAUGAUGAGUUUGCAGGGAGUGAGCCUCAUCCUGCUAUUUUGGCAAGCUGUGAAGAAGAAAUUAAUGAUGAAAAACAAGGCCAGUCUUUACAUGAAGUGUCACAGUCUUUACAAAAACAAAACAUAAGGCUCAUGGGAAGCCUUAAAGAAAUUGGCUAUGAAAAUAUGGACAUACAACAAGAGGAAAAUGUUGAAAAUCCAGAUAUGGAUUCUAGGGAACAAGAUGAUAAAGAAAAAUGUCUAAUUGUAGAAGUGGAGAAUUUUGAAAACCCUGAACAGGGGGGAUGCAAACAUAAGAAUACAGGGUUUGAUGGACACUUGGACAUAAACAAAGGUUUUGAAGUACGGAGUACUGACAGGAAGUUACUCUUACAAAAUCAUCAAGGGGUAGGCCUUACAGAAGAGAAUCAAAACUUUAACACAUGUCCACUAAUCAAACAGAGAAUUCAAGAAUUAGAUAAUGUAGUUGAAAAUAUUAGUAUUUGUAAUGACUUAUUCACUAAUGUGAUUACUGAAGGAACUGUGGAAAUAGGAAGCAAACUAAACCAGGAGUCCUUUCACAUGACCCACUCAGAUAAAAAUGAAGAUUCAGAAAUUGAUGUCAAGGAGAACCUUAACAUUUUGAAGAGCGGUAGGGCUACACCAGAGACAUGUGGAAAAGACAAUAGAUGCUUAGAACUCAAAGAACAGCUUGUGACAGAGAAAAUAGACACAAAUCAGCCUAAUUGUUUUGAGUAUUCUUUACAACCUAAUGUCUCAUGUUUGGGAGACUGUUCUUUUGAAAGAGAUAAAAGUGACAGUAAUUUCACAUGCCAAGAUUUUUUGCACAUGAAGACAAUAGAGAAUGAAUCCAUUGCAAUUCACCCUAUAAAUUCUCCAAGUUUUCCAAAUGACCUCAACCAAGGGGCCCUAGCAGUAGAUAAUGGCACAGUUCCAGGGUUGUUUUCUGAUCCUCAGUCACUGAAGAAAACAAAGUGCAGUGAUCAGUUACAUUUACUUACCAAAAACCAAACUGUACUUCAGUCAGAUACAUCCCAAAGCUCAAACAAUACUUCUGUCAUAUCUCAUUGCAUAAACAUCAAGGACCUUGGUAACAAACAUCUCGAUCAACUACAAACUGAAGUAAUUUCUCAACCAAGACCUGUUGCUGAGGUCCAGGAAGAAUUUAGAAUUAAAUGUGAUAGUAAGAAACCUUUAAUGGAUAUAAAGAAAAGUUCACAGAUUAUUUGUUCCAGUUCUAAUGUAGGCGAAUCAUCUCCUAUUGAUGUCGUAUCAGAACACAAGGCUGAAGUGAAUCUUGCUGAUUCUUCCACUGUAAACCUUGAACAGUGUAAACUGCCUCAAGAAUUAAUUUUUGGUCCUAGCAAGGAAACCACAACAAAUAUGGAGUCCACAUUAAGACAAGAAGUACAUCAGUUUCCCUGUCAAGUUGGACAGGAUAAUGAAAAAAGCCCUUCACAGAAAAUAUCCUUCCAGUCCUUCUCUCGGUGCUCACUCAGCUCUGUCCCGGAGUUGUUGAUAUCUGAAUGGAAAGACUUGGAUGAAGAGCCAUUGGAAGACUUUGAGAAACUGGAGCAGCUUUGUUGUAUUUCUGGUGAUGAAGAUACUCUUGGUGACUUCUUUUUGGGAAAUUUUGAAAUAUUGGAAUCCCUCAAGAAGGCUCCAGUGCAACAAUCCAGGGACUGUCUUGACAUAGAGACAACAAAAUGCAGAACUAGUUCUUUGGAAGGGGAUAACGGAUUAGAACUCAGAAGAGAAACAGAAGGAGUCCCUGAAAGUUUCACGAGUAAACCGGAAAGUUCUGAUGAGUUUUUAAGAUCAAGUUUGUAUUACCAACCUAAUGCCACACAGAAGAUUGUUUCUGAUCCUUCCACAAUGGCCCAAUAUUCUCUUGAACUUGAGAAACGUGAACUAAUGAGUCCAACAUUAGGUUCGCCAGUUAAUCCUGCUGAAAAUGUUAAGGGCCAAAGACCACUGUCCAAGAUUCCUACGAAGAAUGGUUUAAUGAUGCAGGUGUGUGAAGAGCGAUUGCAGUAUUCUCUAAGUGAGAAUGUGAAAAGGAAUGUACUGUGUGGGGCCACAGUGAGUGAAGCAGUCAUUCUUCGGCCAUGGGGUGAUCCCAUAAAUGGAGAAGACAAAGCACGAGAAAAAGACGGUCAGGGCAGUGUUCACAAGGAUGAGUCCCAGUUAGCCACCUGUUCUGAGACAAUAAAUGAGCCUACAGUGGCCUUGAGUGGGCCAUUAAGUGUGACUGAACAAGAAGUCACAACCCCCUCCGCUGCUUCAAAUCAAGCAAUGAAAGCCAAGCUGGCCCGUCUGUCACUCUCUCUGCCUCCACUUGCACUCUCUCUUCCCCUGUCUCCAAAUCCCAGGGUAGGAUUUUGGGAAACGGGGGAAAACAGAGAUAAAAGUGGACGAAGACGGGGUGCAUCGACUGGAAGUGACCCAGAUGAUGAGGAAGAUGAAGGGCAGGAAGAUGAAGGGGCUGGGAGGAUGAUUGUUAUUACAGAAACAGAUGUUGACAAGAGAGUUGGUUUGCGAAGCUUGCUAAAAUCACCACGGGAACCAAUGGAAAGAGACCGGGAAAGAGGAAGAAAUGUUUCUUUCUUUGAUGAUGUCACUGUCUAUCUUUUUGAUCAGGAAACUCCAACCAAUGAACUCAGCACUGGCUCUGAAUCCAGCAGUCCAUCACUUUCUCAUGACAUGUUAGGUGGUGCUUCAUCGGCUGAGAUUUUAGGAGCAAGUGUUUCGCAGUCCAGAGGAAGUGGUGAUCUGUCAGUCACCCCCAGGUCACCAGGCGCUAAUCCUGUAACUCCAUCACGCUUUACUGUCAGCCCUGCCCAUGACCCUCAUUUAGUCUGAUGUGUUGUUUCUAUAUUCCCUCAAGUCCCGAGAACUUGAAAAAAACUCUUGUUUGUUACUUUUCAUUAGCUUGCUGCAGAUUGUCAGGACUUCUCUACUGUUCAAGCCCAGCACCAGAUGGAGACAAAAUUUUUACCUUUAAAACAAUCAGUUGCUCAGCACCUAGUUUUAUUUGUUUUGAUCAUACAAAUACCAUGACUUGUAACUAAGUUAUUUAUCAUGGCCAAACAGCUCCUGAGGUUCUUGUUAUUACAAGUUAAUUUCAGAAUAGACACACCAAAACUACCACUUUCUGUAUAUUUUCAGUUGACAGUUAACAAUUAAGCCUUUUAAAUCAGAGCACUCAUAGGCUACAUAUCAAGAGCAAUUACAUCAUUUUUAUUCCCAUAAUAUAUUAAUUAAUACACAGCGCUUUUGUGGACAUGACUGAUACAAGACUGUGAUAUGUCUCACACACAAUGUGUGGAAGCUGGAAGUCAUGGGUCAGUGAAGAGAGCAAAUAAAGUCAGGUAUGCAAUCCUCUGACCUGCUGCUGGCUCCAGACAUGGCAGUACUCUACUGUUCAGUUUUAUCAGUACAGCACUGUUAACAUAUCUGAAAUUGUUUAACUGCCAUUUGGUGGGAAUGUUUUUUAUGUGCCCACUUUCUCAUUCUCCCUGUUUCCUUUUAUUGUGUAUCUCUCCCUUAUAUAAAGGGGUGCACUUUGUGUAAUCAUUUUCUGCUUAUGUAUAAGAUUAAGCUGGAUUCAUAACGUUGUAAAAAAAAGGUAAACCGUAUAUGUGUACUACAACUUGGAAAGAAAUCCAUUGGAACUCUUUGAAAAUAUCAUUCAGCAUUUGUAUAAAAAAGAAAAAGUUGUGAAUUUUACAUGUGUGUACAAAAUCAUUUUACCGUAAUUUAUUUUAGAAUAAUUCUUAGGAUGCAUGUAAUGAUUAAUAUAAGCUAUUUAAAUUUGUUUUUAUACAUUGUUUUUGUUUCACAAGGUAAUAUUUCAGUCAUAUUUAUUUAUUCAUUUAUUUAUUGCUUUGAUUUAAAGUGGUUAAUGUUGUUAUGCUAGUUGUUCUUUGUAACUUAAUCAAGUUGGGACUUUAUGCACACACUAAUUAAUAUCUUUCUUGGUUUAUUUGUUCCUUCCCAACAAAUAAUAAAGCAAGAUAUUUUGCAAAGCCCAUUAAAUUCUGUAACAGUCUGUCUUAUUUUAUGUCUUUCUAUAUAAUGCUUUGUAUUGUUUGUUAUAAAAUGCUCACACGUAUAAGUUGGUUUUGUCUUAGUAACCUUUAUUUAAGGGAAAUUAAUGCAACUCAGCACAGAAAAAAUUAAAGAUAAUGAGCUAAUCUGACCAUAUAAUGGUGUAUUGUUUACUUAUUAUUUAUUGUUGAUCUUAUUAUUUAAGAUUUUCAUUUAUUACAACCUUUUGAACUGCCCAUGUCUAAAAAAAUAGUAUUAAGUAAUAAGUUUUCAAAAUCAAUUUAAACUUGUACUGUUCAAUUCCAGGGUUUUCAUGAGUUACUGUAUAAA